UUCGUCUCGAGUCCAAAAGCCCUAAAAACUCCAGAACCAACCAAAAGGCGCGCGAACACACGAGUCGGCGGCGGCGCGGCGAUGGGGAGCAACACGGAGGUGGAGAAGAAGAAGGCCCCAACGGCGCUCGCGCCCAUCGCGAAGCCUCUCGCCGGCAAGAAGCUCUGCAAGCGAACCCUCAAGCUCGUCCGGCGAGCAUCGGAGGCCAAGUGCCUGAAGCGGGGAGUCAAGGAGGUGGUCAAGAGCAUCCGUCGUGGGAACAAAGGGUUGUGUGUAAUUGCUGGGAAUAUUUCUCCUAUCGAUGUGAUUACACAUGUUCCAAUACUUUGUGAGGAAGCUAAUAUUCCUUACAUAUAUGUGCCAUCAAAAGAGGAUCUUGCUACUGCCGGGACUACUAAGAGGCCUACCUGUUGCGUCCUGGUUAUGACCAAGCCUGCCAAGGGGGAGAUCAAUGAAGAGGUGAAGGAGAAACUGAAGUCAGACUACGACCAUGUUGUAGCUGAAGUUGCAGAGGUUACAUCUUCAAUGUUCUGAGUACAACGCCCAGCCCCAGGGCCAUAGUAAAUUAGUGAUAGAAACCCAGGCACCAUGGCUGCUCACAUCUUUCUAUAUGUAUUAUGUGAACAUGAAGGUUGCUCUACUAGUUUACCCCUGUCGGAUCAUGCUGUUUCUCUGUUGAUUAGCAUAAGCUAGUCAAUUGUAAUGAAACCUGGUGAGCUGAUCAUUUACUCUCCAGUAAGAAGUCCCUGUCCCAAGGCCCAGAUAUGCAAUACCUGGGCACCCCAGAUCAGAAAACUCACCAAAGUCAUGAGGUGUUGUGUGUUAAGUUGCUCGUGGUUAUGUUCAUAUCCUGUAUCCAUUUUUCCAA